CGUUCCAUUUCGUGUGAUUUCAAACCCUAGAAGGGUUUUUCCUCCGAGCUCGCAUCAAUGGCGUUCUGGUGGCCAUUGAUCGUGCUUGCCCUCGCCUACGCCAUCUGUCGCUUCCUCCUCAUGCUCAUCCCCCCAAACGUCCCCUCCAUUGAGGUUGACGCCUCCGAUGUGCUGGAUGAUGGAAGUCAGACCAAGGAGAACAGCUACAUUUAUAUACCGAGGAAGGGGAAACUGGCGCAGAGUGAUAAGGUUCAGUGCUACGAACCGGCGACGAUGAAGUAUUUGGGGUAUUUCCCGGCACUGACUCCUGAUGAGGUCAAGGAACAUGUAGCACAAGCAAGGAAGGCACAAAAGGAAUGGGCAAAAAGUACUUUCCGUCAAAGGCGACAAUUUUUGCGUAUCCUACUGAAGUACAUCAUUGAACAUCAAGAGCUUAUAUGCGAGAUAUCUUCUCGAGAUACUGGAAAAACCAUGGUAGAUGCUUCUUUAGGUGAGAUAAUGACAACUUGUGAAAAGAUCACAUGGCUUAUUUCAGAGGGAGAGAAAUGGCUGAAGCCUGAAUACAGAUCAACUGGAAAAUCAAUGUUGCAUAAGAGAGCAAGAGUAGAAUUCCAUCCUUUAGGAGUGAUUGGGGCCAUUGUGUCAUGGAACUAUCCAUUUCACAACAUUUUUAACCCAAUGUUGGCGGCUGUGUUCUCAGGAAAUGGUGCAGUGAUAAAGGUUUCUGAGCAUGCAAGUUGGUCUGGUUGUUUUUAUCUGCGAAUCAUUCAGGCUGCUCUUGCUGCUGUCGGAGCUCCUUAUAAUCUGGUACAUGUGAUAACAGGUUUUGCAGAGACUGGGCAAGCUCUUGUCUCAUCGGUGGACAAAAUUAUUUUUGUUGGAUCACCUGGUGUGGGAAGGAUGAUCAUGGAAAAGGCUUCAGAGACCUUAAUACCGGUGACCCUUGAGCUUGGUGGAAAAGAUGCAUUUAUUGUGUGUGAGGAUGUUGAUGUGAAUCAUGUGGUGCAAAUUGCAAUCAGAGGUGCUUUACAAUCUAGUGGACAAAACUGUGCUGGUGCUGAGCGAUUUUAUGUUCACCGGGACAUUUAUCCUACCUUUGUUACCCAAAUUGUCAAACUCUUCAAAUCAAUAUCAGUUGGCCCCCCACUAGCAGGUAGGUAUGACAUGGGCGCCAUUUGUAUGCAAGAACAUGCUGAUAAGCUUCAGAAUCUUGUAAAUGAUGCCUUGGAGAAAGGCGCUGAGAUCGCUGGUAGAGGAAGCUUUGGCAAUCUGGGAGAAGACGCAGUUGAUCAGUUCUUUCCUCCAACAAUUAUAGUGAAUGUAAAUCAUACAAUGAAACUGAUGCAAGAAGAGGCUUUCGGACCAAUCAUUCCAAUCAUGAAAUUCAGUUCUGAUGAAGAAGUUGUUGAACUUGCAAAUGAUUCAAAUUAUGGUCUUGGGUGUGCUGUGUUUUCUGGCAAUCAAAAGCGUGCUAUUAAUAUAGCUUCCCAGGUGCAUUGUGGAGUUGCAGCGAUCAAUGAUUUUGCAUCAACUUACAUGUGCCAGUCCUUACCAUUUGGAGGCGUAAAGCACAGUGGAUUUGGAAGGUUUGCUGGAGUGGAAGGAUUGCGAGCUUGCUGCCUUGUGAAAUCCGUUGUUGUCGAUAGAUGGUGGCCUUACAUUAAAACUGUGAUUCCAAAACCCAUCCAGUACCCUGUUCCAGAGAAUGGCUUUGAAUUCCAGGAAUCACUUGUUGAAGCUCUUUAUGGUAUGAAUGUGUGGGAUAGAUUGAGGGCCCUGAUCAAUGUCCUUAAGAUACUGUCUGAGCCGAAUUCAGCCCCGGCCUCCUCCAAAAGAAGGUAAUGAACAAGCAGAAACUUGAUUAGCAUUGGAAUUGAAACGAUGACGGUAAUUAUGUAAUCCUCUAAUCUGAUACGGUACAGAUUUUGAUCGUCUUUUUGGCGGUGACUUGUUUUUUCUGCAAGUUCUCUGCUAUCUAUGAUAUACCCUGGAAAUCCUUUCUAUAUUGAGUCACUUUCUCUCUCUGGAGAAUGUCUUU